UACAGGAUUGGUGCUGGAUGUUCUAACAUUGCUGAUUGUUCAACACAAACUUCAGAGAAUGUCCAGAACCUCUUCACUAGCUUUAUUUAUUUAUUUUUUUAAUUAUUUAGCCAACAAGCUCUAACUAAAUCGUACGUAUUUUAGCUAAGAGGUGACGUUCUAGAACAUUUCACUAUAGAUUUGUGUUUUCACACAAAUGGAGAGUCAAAAAAGUCAUAGGAGUAAAAAUGAAAGAAAAAAAAAAACUCCUUGUAAAUAUGUUCCCCAGCAAAUACCAUUACAAACCAUCAGCUAACCAUUAAAACCAUUACCAUUACUGGUCCUUAAUGGUAUCCACUAGACAUAACAUGCCACCAAUAGAAGGCAAUAGAUUACCGUUAGUGACUCACAGUUACCACAACAUUACCGUUUCCAUUAAACCCAAUACAGUUCCCAUUAUAACCAUUAGCGCAUGGUGGGUUAGUGGUUAGCACGUUGGCCUCACACUUCCACGUUCGGGGGUUCGAUUCCCACCAUGGCCCUGUGCGUGUGGAGUUUGCGUGUUCUCCCCGUGCUGCGGGGGUUUCCUCCGGGUACUCCGGUUUCCUCCCCCAGUCCAAACACAUGCAUGGUAGGCUGAUUGGCGUGUCCAAAGUGUCCGUAGCGUAUGAAUGGGUGUGUGAGUGUGUGUGUGAUUGUGCCCUGCGAUGGAUUGGCACCCUGUCCAAGGUGUACCCCGCCUUGUGCCCCAUGCUCCCUGGGAUAGGCUCCAGGUUCCCCGUGACCCUGAAAAGGAUAAAGCCGUAUAGAAGAUGGAUGGACCAUUAAAGCCAUUACGUAUUCUGUGAGGGUUUCUGUUGUUGUUUUUUCAGCAGGGAUGUUAUAUAAAAUGUGAUCCUGUUAGUUAACUGCUAGCAAACUAGCUCGUAUUUCUCCUCGACAUUAUUGGGAUUUUAGUUUUUGAGACUCAAGUCGCAGUGUCAUAUUACUAGAUUAGCCAAAUCUGUCAAAUAUACCACAACAAAACUAACGAGUUCAUCACUAACACUGGCUAACUGAACUAUCCUGUUCGCUAGCUGCGAGUAAACCUGCUCACAUUUCUCACAUACAUGAAUAGGAUUUUAGUAUCAGCGUGUCGAUUUCCGUUAUCAUAUCCUUAGCAGUUUAUUUAACUCAGGCAAACCGACCAGAACAUUCCAUAAUAACUUUUACAAUAACAAUUUGUUCAUCGCUAACAUUAGUGGAUGUAGCUAGCUAGUUUAGCAUGCAGAGUUCCAUGUCGUGAUCAUUGGUCGAGAGCAACAUCUGAAUAAAUAUGCAACAGUCUUUGAAUUUUUAUCUAGAAGUUUUUAAUUGGAAAUGUCAGUUUAGCGCUCGACGUUAGCCAAAUGGUCAUUGAUAUAAUUGGAAUUAUCCAUGCGAAAGGUCAACACCGUCUCUUCAGUUUUAACCACCUUCAUACACAAUGUUAGCUGUUUUGUAAUGUCGCCGCGUGCUAAUAUGAGCUAACUGCGGUUUGCGUCACUUCUGCUUUUCUAUUUUGUUGUUUUGCUAACAUGACAGUCACGGUUCCUGCAGUGUGAUGGGAAGUCAAAACAGGAACUCGUCCAGAACCGUACAGAUCUCGUCCGGAUACGUUCGGCAGUCUUUGGUUCAAGAGGUUGAAAAAACAUGGUGACUAUAGUGUGACGUGACCUCAUUGAUAUUAUCAGCCAUAAGCUAGCUCGUUACCCUGCGUGUGCUGAUGUAAAUCUCAUCUCUGAUGCAGUGACACCAUUUCAAAUACGGUUCACUAAAGCCACAGUGAACCCUUUUUCUGUGCCAUUGUGCUGCUUAUAUAACGCUAUUUAGCAGUUAGCGCCUGACACCCUUAGCCAGACCGAUGGAGCUGGCCUUUUUUCUUUCUUUUUUUUUUGCUUCUUCUAAAUCUCUCUGCACGUUUUCGUGGGUUGACCUUACUGAUUAGGAUGAGAUUAGAGCUGACCUGAAAACAUUUGAAUGCCAUAAAUAAGGGCAAUGAUCUAAUUAGCGCCGGUGUCGAUACGUCCACCUGAGCUGUGUGGGCGAGGCAGAGCUAACAAGGAGAGAUGAAGGUGAUAAAACAUCCAGGUUGCCUGUAAAUGUGAUGAGGACUGGAGGAGCACCGAGUGCAGCCAUUAAGGAUAUUUUAUAGGCGCCCUGCUCACUCUUUCCCCAGGGUGCACACACAUGUAAACCUAUCUAACAGAGAGAAUUGACCUGUGUGUGAGUUAUGGGAAAGGCUGCUGUCAGGAACACUUCAGUAUCCUCCGCAUACAUGAAGCUCCCGAUGCGCUCCAAUUUCAAUUGAUAAAGGGGGCAGUAUGACCUGUUUCCUCUUAAGCACGUGUAUAUGAUUACCACACGGCCUGUGUUAUGGGAAACUAAUCAAACAUGGGGUGGCGGGAUGAUGCAGAGUUACUGUUACCACCCCAAAGCUGAUUGUUUUGCUAUAACAGCACAUCCCAAAGUGUUUGCUUCCCCUUAUACUACAGCGAUUUCUGAGCCGACGAUUUUUUUUACAAAUUUUGAAUUUGUUAAUCCAUUCAUGGUGACUUUUUAAUGUUGUGGAACAGUUCCUGUUAUCGCUCGCAUACUAUGGCGGGACCUACUGCGUCGAUCCAGUACGUCCCGGUCAGUAUAAGCGCGUAGAAUGAAUGCGACCCGGACGUACUACAUCCGCCGUGUCGGCAUCGUCAUGCGACCUACAACUUAAAAAGAGCCGACGCGCUUCCUCCCGCCACUUUUGAUUCUGACAGCUGUUCCGUGCUAGUCCCGUUGCAUUAUGGGAUAGCGCAGUGUCACUUGGUUCCCUACUGCAGAGUCUCGGCGGAAGCACCGCCUAUUGUUUUAUGAAUACCGAGAAUUCGGACAUACUACUUCCUUUUCGUACUGCUUUUCGCUAAGCGCGUAGUAGGGUACUAGGGCUAUUCGGAUGCAGCCGGAACCUAAUAACAAACGGAAAAACAAGUGUUGUUAUUUAACAAAGAAAAAACGUAUCGUUGUUGAAAUGGGGACUUUUCUGUUAGGAGAUGUUUAUGUAACAUUUACGGAAGGAGUCUCCAGUAUCAGAGAUUUGUAACAGUCAGUUUUCCACCAUGGGAACCUCGGUCUUCAGGACUUUUACAGCAUGGCUCGCUGUGUGUUAUUACAUAAAACCCAGCUGCUGCGCUGUAGUAUUUUUCUUCUAUAUACUAACGCAUAUCACUGUAUUAAAGAGUUCAUUCAAUCAUACUUGAUGAACGAAUCCCAUGCUUUAAAUACGAAGACUGUAAGGUCCAAUACGUCAAGUUCAGGUAACGUCCCGUGUCGUAUCGUUGCGUUUGGAUGUGUGACGUGCACCAAAUUUAUAGAGAUUUCUCUGUGAAAGUCCCAACGUACAGUAUGUACCCCAUGUUUGCCCUCUACCAAAUAGUGAUGCUUGCCCUCUGUGGCUCGUGGAACAAAGCAGAAAAUAUAGUCGCUGGCUGCAAAGUGCUGCAGCGUGCGGCGUUUAAAAUUCCCAUCCACUUUCAGCACUCGGUAACCUUGCAGAACUCUGACUUCAUCCUGGAACAAUGUCAGAUCCAUGUAGAUGAAUAUAAUUAAACAGCCGCUUAUCAUCCAGCCGAGGGAAGUUUAGCAGCGGGUCAGACUUGUUUGCCUCUCUGUGCUGAAGGUCAGGCCAGGGUUAGACUGGCAGUUUGCACGCAGGGAGGUAUGCGAGAGACGGAGAAGACACGUCACGGUCCAACACAACGACAUUUUCCAGCUCGCAAAACGACUAUUUUUAUACCGUCUGUUUAUAUUGGCGCUCUGUCCGGCUGUGGCGAUGCUCCGUGUUUAAGAACACACGAGUGCUACAUAAGUGUUUACAGAGGCGGAAUCCGAAAGUGAAACGAUUUAGCGAUACGCCAACCAAUCUUCUAAGACAACGGGGAGAUUUGCGUCUUAAUUGUGCUCGAUUACGGAUUUGAAUUGCGUUCAUAGGGAAAUAAUCCUAUACAUCGGCACGAUGUGGUGCAGACCGAUACAAAGCGGAGAUACCGUCACCGCUUCAUAGUGGAAACAUGUAUUAGUUUCCGACAACAGCACGUCCUGAACAAAAUGUACGUUUGUUAAAGAAUGAAACACUUUGUUUUAUCCGUUUGAAGCGGGAAUGCAAGUUCUCACUUACGUUGUAGCGGCUAUAAACAGGCGUUCCCUCAGUAGCCACUUGGUUUAUUAACGCAAAACGUUAAUAGUUAAGAGCGACAGGACACCUACACACACACGCGCAGUGUCCAACCAUUUUUACGGCAAACGAGAGAGCACGGCUGCGUCCCAAACCGCGUACUUACCUACUAUAUAGUAGGCGAAAUACAUGUGCUUCGGCUACUAUACGGUAGGCGAGUACGCGGUUUGGGACGCGGCCCACGGCUUCAAGCGGUCGUCUGUCAGCACGUACAGCACGACGAAUAAUUAACCGCACUUGAAGCGUUCGUAGAAUUAAAAAAUAAAAACACCCAAAACUGUAUACGGUUCCAUAACGAAGACCGACUGUAUGCCGAUACGUGAGAUUCUGGAGGGAUGGCGUGGCGCGGUGACGUAAUGACGUGUGGCGUUAAUCCGUCUAUGUUCUAUAACACGUAAAACGGGUACAGGAAAGGAGCGUUCUAAAAGCGACUCAUGUAAACACCUUAAUCAGAAUAUUGUCCUAUUCAGAAUAAGGUCAAUAAUGAGAUUACCGCCGUCCGUGUGACUAGUCACUGUUUCACUCGAUCGCCAACGAUUUGCUUUAGCUACUGUGUACCACACAACUGAAGAUUGAAAAUGUCCAUGCAUUAAAAACAGUCCUUUGCCAUUCGUUGCUCAAGUGAGCUCCGUGCUGAUUGUGGAAAAGCCGGCCGUGAGGUUGGUGUAAUGAGCACUAGGCAGACUUGCCUUUGGCUAGAAGCGCUAUUUAAUUAAGAUCUGCUAGUUUAACAUUCACGCCGGCUGAUAAGGGCUCGAAAACACACAGCUACACGAGUGUGUGAUCUCUCUCGGCUGGGGUUAAUGAAGGUGGUCUUUUUUUUAAAGCUGAAGAUAAAACUGGAACUUUUCUGAUGUCGGGUUAAAAGGAAGCGACCUAUUUUUCCUCCGGAUCCAUAUAUCUACGGUAGCUAACUUCCGAAAGAGUGCGGAGUUUCUUCUGUAGUACAGUUAAAUGUUUCGAACAAUUACAGUCAUGCGGAAAAUCAUGGAUCUUGGAUUCCCAGUGACUUAACACGUCCUUUCCAUAAACCCCAUGGUAUAUUACCAAGAUACAUUACAUUAAUGAUGUUCUGAUUUACAGUAAAUAUCCCUUUUUUUUCCCCUCCAAAUUAUUCAUUUAAUGGUAAUGGAAGUUGAUAGCUAAAUAUUACAGGUGAUGAAGUUCCGAACACGCCGUAAUAAUGAAUUUCAUGUAAAAUGACUUCAUGGCACCUGAUAUCAUUUGGCUGAUGGAUCACCCUCAUUAGUGCUUUCCGUUCCAUCCUCGUUCAUGUAACGAUCAUGCCGUCGGAGGAAAAUAAUCAACGAUGGGGUGGUGUGACGCGGCUCGAGUUACUCGUACAACCCCGAUGUUGAUUGUUUUCCUAUAACAGCAUGACUUGAAGAGAAUUAUUCCACUUAUACCACGACAAUUUCCUAAUGUGAACGAUUCUCGCUGGUUUUUAUACGGUCAUGGUCAUGGAGGAUCUGGAGCAUAUCCUGGAAAAACAGGAAGCCAGGGCAAUUACGAGGACACGGGAUACUUUUUAGCCAUUUAUAGUCCCGUAUGACAAACGGACGGAUUAUUGUUAUACCGUAUAGUUGACUUAUAGCAGCUUUAAACAGUCAUUCCCUCACGUCAGAAAAGAUAUUUCGGCUAAAUUGUUAGCCGUACGAGCUGAGCAAAUGCUUUUCUGGAUCAGAAAGGAAUGGUUCUUUUAUUUUCCCACCAUGCCCUCUCUUAGAAGAAGUAAAUAUUUAAACCCAGGGCACACCUUAUACUAUGAAUAGGUGACCCUUCCUUUUAUAUUGUGUCAAGGAAACCAUGUCCAGGCAUCCCUCCCAUCCAUGCCAGGUUUAUAAACUUAUCUGUUAUGCCACAGGCCACCCUGUACCCAUAGUACUUUCAGAUAAGGUAUCUGGCAGCGUGUUCUGGGGCUAUACCAGAAUAGGAUGAUAUACACGACCGAAAUUCCAUUCCCUCUGUGGUGAUUUCCUGGAGGUUAACUGAGCAAGCGUCGGCGUUAUGGCAGAAGCACGGCCUCCUCAAGUGCAGGACAAGAACAGCUGGCUACACGCAUGGCCAUCGUUUUGCACGGUAUAAAGUUUCAUGCGCCAGCACGGCCAGCUCUAUUUCCUUGGAAGGGGGCUUGCGCCUCCCAGAACCUGUCAUCGUUGGCGUCACAAAUGUUCUGUUUGUAUCGGGCAGCUCUCGGAAUAAGCUGCACGUCUUGGGUGUCACUGCACGAAGUGCUAAUGUAAUACUGUACAUAAUAAUCCGGGCCUUGGCUGGGUCUUGUAGUGGCUCUGAGCCGACACGCAAGAAUAUACGAGAAGUGGACCGUGGACCAGAUACGGACCUGCAGAGUAUUUCAGCGGACUGAACGAAAACGCCGUAGAAGCGACCACCUCCAACAGUGCCUGCGUUCAGGAAGUCAUGGUAUGGCCAGGUGCAUGAGUUGGUACCCAAGAAGCAAACUUGUUACACAUCCACUAAGAUGGAAACUCAGAAGAGUCACAAUCGCAUGACUGCGGUCGUAUCUCUGCUGUAGUUUUAUUUUUCUUUUUUUUUUUCUUUUAAAUGAACAUAUUUGCGCAACUUCUUCUGUGACAGGGAAAUACCCUGUAAAAUUGCAACCGAUAUUGUGAAGUCAAAAGCCAUUGGAUCUCUUGGUGGACACUAUCUGAAAAAUUUUCUUCUCUGUUGUGGUGGCCAUCCAUAGAAGGGACCAUAAUAUUGAACAUGACUCAUGGGGAAGAGACUGGCCCUGAGACACACCAGGAUUCUGCUGUUCUAACAUAUCUGGAAGGCUUACUCAUGCAUCGGGUAGCAGGAGCACAAAGUGCCACAGCAACACAACAGAGUGAGGCUGAAAAAGGCAACGAGGAGCAGAGGAACAAAGAGACACCAGGGCUUACAUUGCCAAAGCAUAGCGCUCAGCAGGAACAGGACAAAACAACUCCCCAAGGAGGGUCAACACAUCAUGUGAAAAAAGCUCGGUUGCUUCGCUCUGAAGUCUGGACUGAACAUGAGAGCCAAGUGCGACAAAUGUCCAUGCCUUCUUCUGAGCUCAAUGGGAGAAAACAGGAACACUGUGGUGGCCUGAAUGGUGCACUGCAAUGUAAAGGAGAGAGCACAUUGCUGGCAAGUCUGCUUCAAAACUUCAGCACAAGGCUCCAAAAUGUGGCCCUGUCACAGCAGAUUGUACAAAACUUGACACCACAGAAGGCAUCCAGUUCAGGCAGUAACCCCAAUAAAGAGGACAAGAUACCAGAGCAUGGCCAUGGAUCUGAUGGAUCUGGUCUACGUUUGGCCGGAAACAGUACGAUGCAGAACAAUUCCAGCACUCAGAUGUACCACCACCGACAACCCAGCCAGGAAAGGUUAUCAAAGUCUCCAGGAGCAUUACAGUGCAGUGCUCGGUCCUCCUCGUCAGAAUCCCUUCAUUGCACUGAGCGUCUAAAAGCUGUAGCCAGUCUAAUAAAUAUCAGGUCGAGUCCGGCUCCUUCGCCAAAACCCAGUGUGGCCUGCAGUCAGCUGGCCUUGCUGCUUUCGAGUGAGGCUCACCUGCAGCAGUAUUCCAGAGAACAUGCACUUAAAGCUCAACUAGCUGGGCGAUCUGCCAGUGAAAGGCUUGCAGCCAUUGCCACACAGCAAAUUCAAGAAAAGAAACAGCCUACAAUAUCUCAGACGAACAAUGAUGGACUAAGUUCCUUACAGACCAAAAACGGGAUACCUUCUCAAAUGCCAACAAGCUCUAGCAGACAAAGUCAAAGCCUACGUACAGGACAAAGUAGGUCGGUGGGUUCAGUGCGGAGAACACAUCCCUUCAGGGAGCGCAGACCUUUUGAAAGGCAUGGCAGGCCUUCACAGAACUGCAGCAGUCUGCUUCUUCAACUUCUCAACAGCCACAACACACCACAGAGACUUAUUUCUCAGGAUCACCUGAAGGAGGACGUCAGCGUCUUUUCAAGUCGGGGGUCUCCUAUGUUCUCGGACAGCGAACACUCAAAUUCCAACAGUCUACCGAAAGAUAGCAGUGACGCUGAGAGUACUCGCUCCAGUUGCUCUCCUAUCGACCUCUCUUUGAAGAACAAAGUGAACAUCUCAACACCACUCUUUUCUUCAUCUUCACCUGCACUAGACAAGGUCACAGAGUCUCUGAAAACCAGGUGGACAUCAGAGAGUCCAACUUUAAAAUUACCUACAGAACCCAAAGAGUUACACGCUUGUUCCGAGAUUAAACCCCACCACAAGGUUACCCUUUUGGAAUUGCUCCUUGAUCAAAAACACAUCGAGAAGACAAACAAAGCCCCUGAUAAUCCAGAUUUGCAGCCUAAGAUCCUACCUAAGGUCAGUAGUGCAUCAACAAGUAAUCACGCACUUUUUUAUCCAGGUCAGUGUAAGGAUACAAGAGAGCCUAGCCCUAACUGUAGAAUGAAUACCAGAAGUCCUAAAUUACUGCCAACAUUUUCCCAAGGCAGAGAUUGUAACAUCCGUGCAUCUCCUUACAGUGUUUAUAACUCUCCUCAUACACAGUCAGUACCCUUGGAUCUGUGUAAGAAUAAACCACUUGCAAGUGGUUCAAGUGUCAAAGAAGGAGCUUUUAGUGCUAGUAAACUGUUACAAAAUUUAGCUCAGUGCGGAAAACAAAAUGCUGCCAGCUCCCCCACACCGAAAGCUCCUCUGCCUCCAGUCAAAAGACAAGCCGAAGAGUUUAGAACUUCAAAGUCUUCAACUUUGUUAGAAAAGCUUGCUGUACCAGUUCAGAAAAACAACACCCCUCAUGUGAAAUCGGUAAACUCUCUUGUGGCAGAAUCUACACAACAUAAUUCAGAGAUUGAAAAUCUCCUUGAGAGGCGUACAGUCCUACAGCUUCUUUUGGGGAAUAAAUCUCAAAAAGAAAAAGCUGGCAAUAAGAGAAAGGGAGAAUCCAGAAAGCAAGAAAAUCAUUCAAAAUCCCACAAUGCGUUGAACCGAACCUCAACAGAUCUCGCAGUCAAAACCGAGCCUCUAGAAGAUGAAAUGUGUGAUGAUGAAAAAGUACCAAAUCAAUGGCAAAACAAAUUAGCAGAGUCACACAGGCAGAGUCCCCACGCUCUCAAUCAGGGAAGUAUAAAGCAAGAGCCACUUCCCCCAGUGGCUGUCCCUAGAGAUGGUCUUCUUUGUCAUCUCCUCCAUCAGAAGCCCAGAAACCUAAAGCCAAACUUUUUAGCGCACUCAAAUCAGGGAUGCAUUAAAGAGGAACCAGUAGAUCAUCACCAGGGACCAACCAUCCCUAAGAAGAGGAAAUUUUCAGUUAAACCAGAGGACCAUGUUAAAGUGACCCAGCAGAGAAUGUGUAAUAGUUCUGGCAGCCAAAAGGGUGAUAGCGAUUGCUCAACCUCUGCAAUUCCAGAGUCUCAAGAAUCAAGUCACCCAUCCAGCCCACCGCAUGCAGACAGUCCGCCAGCUAAGUUUCCACCGUGUGAAUCGCUGCGUAACGACAAUAGCGGAUUCAAUGUCCUGAAGCAGCUACUUCUUUCAGACAACUGUUUGAAGGAACUGUCUCAGUCAAGGGGUACAUUUAAUUCGCUGGAACGUCCAGUCCAAAAUGGGAGUACAAUCAAAGAACCAUGUAACAACGGUGAGCUUCAAAGCUUUCACCAGACCUUGAACCAGGGCAAGUCACCUUCAGCAACAGCAGGAAUAAACAGAGUAGAGUCUCGUUCCGAUGUUCAGCAGGAUUCGUCCAGGUCAAAACGUGACCUGACUGGUUUUGUGAACGGUGAUAAAACAAAAGACUGCCACCUGGAUUCUCCACGAUUGACUAAAGCUAACCCUAUUUUGUAUUAUAUGCUCCAGAGGAGCAAUGCACAUUUGGUUAGGGACAGAGUGGAGCUUGAAGCCAAGUCAGGACCUCGCAGAGUGCAGAUUAAAGAGAAAGAUGAGUCUGAGGCCUUUGACCUCAAAGUACACUUACAACAAAACCCACAUCACAACGGGACUCAUAGCUGUGACUCACCACAUCUCAACGGGUCGCUCAAGAAGUCAUGAAGAAGACUGCUCGGGAAAGAAAAUUUCUUGUUCUUCAUUCUUCUUGCUUCUCUGUAUUGCCAUUUUGUUUGUUAAUAAGAAAACCGUUGUCUACUCUCUAUUCCGUAAGAUCAGUGCUUAAUUUCUUGCCAUUUCUUACCUGGAUGAUUUUCAACAAACACACAACAAACAAACAAUACUUAGUAUUCCGAUUUGAAUUUUUAAACCUGUUGAAUAUAAAACUAUAAAAAAAAAAAUGUUUGUGACAUGCUCCUGAUAAUAUAUCUCCUAACAUUUCCUAAUCGAACUUCCUCCAUUGUUGGAUUUUGAUAGUUUUGAUAGUCAGUUAUGCUGCAGUGUUAUGCUACAGGUUAUGUCAUUGAUUAUUUUUUUUAUUUUUUUUUUUUCCCCCCGGCAACUUCCCUAAGCAAAUAUGUAUUUUCUUCGGGAGGUGCUGCACAAAAGUACGCAGUUCUUUUUACGUAGCCCAUAUUUUUCAUUUUUUCGUCAGUAUAAAAAACAUGAUAUAGUAUGUGCAUGAUAUGUGAUUUGUAUCAUUUGGUAUUGAUGGCUUUUUAUUUAUUCAUUUUACUCGAUUUUUUUAUUUUAUUUUAUUUUUUUUUACUAAUUUGUGAAGUGCUUUACAAAUGACUCAGCAUUUCAUCGCACCAAGCCAAGAAUAGAGAUUUCUGCAAUAUCCUUAUAUGACGAUGACGGUACAAAAAAAUUUUCAAUUUUUUUCAAAAACUCGAUUAGAAAUUAUUUGACAUGUUGCUCAGCUACAGAUGAAGAUGUAAUCUGAUUAUAUGAAUAGGUAUCGGCAUCAGCAUGUGCCAUAAAUGUCUAGCAUUAUGCGAUGAAGAUGCAUUAAAACAAGACAAAUCAAGCUUGCUGGAGAUGCAGAGAGUGUUCUAGUUACGUGCAGAAUGUGUGUUGUUUUAAUGGUCGUGAUUUACGGGAGUACUGUGCUACAAUUGUCAUUCCCCACAUAUGCUAACGUAUAUGAUAAUGGUCUUACAUUUUACGAAUGGGAAUAUAACACGUUAUUUUUGUCCCUCGAUCUUGAAGUCUUGUUAUAAACUAUAUUUCUGUACAUAACCGUAAUCUUUAUCUUUAUGAAAGAUGGCUAUUUUAUAUGACUGAAAAAGAGAAACCUUUUAGUUUUGGAAUUUCCUAAAGAGUCCGCACGGCUGUCACGGCUGUGUGAAUAUGUACAUAUUUAGAGAGGGGUUUUUUUUUUUUUUGUUUGUUUGUUUGUUUGUUUGUUUUUUUGGUCCUACUUUUUGCAUGUGUCUCUUGGUAAAAUUACAAUAAUCCGUUCUGCAACGAUGUUGUGUUAUGUCAGAUAUUCAACAGUCCACAGCUGCCUGUUGCAUGCAGAUGCAUGAGAAGGUUCCUACGUAUUACUGCUCAAGGAGGAAUUCAAGUCUUAAGCAUAACUAUUUUGUCAUGAAGCCUGAUUAAAAAAAAAUAUAUAUAUAUAUAUACACAUAUAUAUACAUAUAUAUAUAUAUAUAUAUAUAUAUAUAUAUAUAUAUAUAUAUAUAUAUAUAUAUCGUCUGUUUAUUCUAAGACUGCGGAGUAAAAUAUCUGAACUUUUGAAAGAGAUGUGCAUAUACAUUUUCCCAAAAAAAAAAAAAAAUCUAUUUAUUUUGGUUUUUAUUCUAUUUUAUUUUUUACAAGAGGAAAACCAAACUGGUAAAAACAAUCAAGUCAUGUACAGCAACAGUGCAAUUAUGGGUUACUUUAAUGCUUCGAGGAUUUAACUUGGUUUUAAACAACAAAGAAUAAAUGUUUGGACUGCAGCAUAUUGAAUAUUAUUGUGAUAUAAUUUUUAAAUGUAUUCAUUUUGGUGUUUACUUGCACAGAUUUUGAAUAAAGUUCCAAAAUGCACAAAGUAAAAAA